UUUAGCUUUGUGCCCACUAAGAAGAUCUCGACCGAGUCAAACAUCUGGCCUGCAUUUCCCCCUCAGGAUUAAUAAUUCAUAUUUCGUCAUGGAACUCUGUUCCACAUACAUCUGGCUCGGGAAUCCCCUGGCCUAACCUCCUAGGCUCCUACUACUCGUUAUAGCUCCUCGUUCGGUGAGGUCAAAGGGCGCAUCACAUCGUUACGGGGCUUCCAUUCGAGGCAGAGACGUCAUCACCUAUUUCCAUUUCCCUGGAGAAUUUUACGGACUUCAACUUUCCCCCAAGCUGGAUUGAGGAGCAAGGGGAUAGCCGCCUUUGAUAUUUUCAUCUUUUAAAGGAUUGUGAAAAUAAUAGCACUCCUGGGUCUGGUUGGCUGAAAUGAUUCGACUUCGUUGGCGUGGCACAGAUAGCCUGCAUCUUCAAUUCGUCAAACUUCCAGUCCACUGACAAAUCCAUUGUUUUUAUCCGAUACAUUCCAAGAAGGAUAGAGCAGCAGGGGAUGUCGUUUCCACCUUGCGGCGGCGGCAAUUAAACCAUGGAUUAGAAUUAUAUGAUCAAGAUACUACAAGGGUGGGAACAAUGAGGAGACCUCGUUUCUGAUUUUGUGACUCCGUGACUGUCAUGAUAAUGGGUCUUCUAUUAUUUGGAGAUACCAGUUGUCCAUUCUCACUACUUCGAACAACCUGUGUCAUAUCCUGAGCCACCGAAACCAGAGGAGACAAAGAAACGACCUCAGGGAAAACGACAGAAAAUAACCCACAAGAUCACCAGGUGCAAUCUACAUAAUAGGUUGAUAUCAGCCGCGAGGCUCUUUCUAUUUCCCCUUUCCGCUCCAACAAAUGACUGCGCGGAUGUGUGUCUUCUUCUGCGGCCACCCGUGGACAAUACACUCAAGAUACAUUAUUUACUUGCAGCAAGUCCAGCAAGGCUUCUCUUCGGUUCCGACAUUUUUCGCGCACUAUCCAAGCAAGUUAAUAAAAUCCAUACUAGGCUGCCAGGGCCAUGAUUAUCAAAUGACGAUCAAAACCCAGGUGCAAGAAGAUGCUUACCCAACCAGGCUGGCAGUCAGAUUUCUCGUGGUGGCAGAUCUUCAGGCAAGCAUCUCCGACACAAUUUGUGCAAGAUGCUCAGAUUGUCGAGAGAUGCAUGAUUGUGGAAGGGGUAUAUAUUUCCCGAAUUUCUGUAAUGGAAGAAUGCUUGUUUGAUACGAUUCAGCGCGAUUGCGUAAACCAGGAGGAAAAGAAUACCACCUUGAAUUCACAUAUGACGAGGGCAACUGUCUUAUUUAUUUAUGGUGCUUGUGAUUAUGAACAUUCCCAGCAAGGCUAUGCCAUCGACUGCCAGGGUAUGGAUUUUCUCCAUUCAGAGCACAACAAAAAUUGAGAGCCACUAGGGGUAGCUCGUUUAGGCUCUCGGUGUACAAGCCGAAUUAUGAGCCUGCUGAAAUAUGGGGUCUGUAUUCCUUAGCCCAUGAUAAUGAGGCCCAUGAUCAUGAGGAAGUGUUUUCGAUACGAGAGCUGAAUGUCUCAAACGAUCUUGGAACUCAUACAACAAGUUGUUGCGUGCUUGUAUAGACGGCGAUCAUACCUCUCUUGGUAGCCCUAUGCUGCGAAUGAUCUUUUUAUAGCACUGAUCUGCCUGCUAGCAAUGCUUAGCAUCGAAAUCUAACUUACGAACACAUAUCGCUAUCUUUAAAUCAUUUCCCCGUUAUUGACAGAAACUUCAGAAACCCCGCCCCCCUCUCGCUGCAUCAUAAACACUGUCAAUCUUCGAAGUUUUCACCAAAAUCGAUAAAAGGAACUUUGAAUGGGAACUUUGUCAAUGUCAAAAUUCAAAACCUGCACAUUAACAUCUAAACCUAGCGCUAGAGUACAAUAUAUGAGCGAGAACAUUCGAGUAGCGCAAGAUGACCUCUUUGGUUAUUACUAUCUUCGUCCCGGUUCGGAACGUCUUCAACGCCUGUUUUUACAUGCUACGAAGGCACAUCCGCCCAACCAAGCGGUUUCAUAGGACAAUGGAAAAACAGGCCCUGGACUCAUUCCCAAUUCUCAGCUAGGAUGGGUGAAGCAAGGGGCAUGGAGCAUGAAGAUAACAGUCCCUAGAUAUUCACCCAAGACAGACGACUUCCCGGUUUCUGAUCAUCGUGGAGGCUAGUAAAUCAAGAUCCUUUGCAAUAAUUGAUGUAUUAAAUUGAAGACGAGCCUUCUGGGCCUAUCUGUUUAGUUAUAUGGGCAUCAUGGCGAAACAUCCCCUUGAAAUUUCAACCAGUGCAAGUUACAUAAAUACCCACUGAAUUUAUCUUGACAUCGCGAUAGGCUUUGACUCGGAAGGAGCAAUGCAUAGACAAUGGGACAUCCAAAACAUCAAUUUAAAAAGUUUUCCAGGCAGCCAGCAGGAAGCUUUCCUCAUUUCAAGACAUGACAACUACCAAAAAUCCAAGGAGACAAAAUGACCAGGUAUCCAUUAUCGUUUAUAUCAACUCGUAUAUCAACUCGUCAUCGAGAUAUUCUGUACUCGAUGCAAGUACGGCUCAGGUAGUCUUGCAAUUAUCACAACGGUCCGAAACGUACUCUACUUCCCCAAUUCGAAACUCACACCUUGGGAAAUUGGGACACCUCCGAUCAGUCAUGACAGCGUAUCGAAUAACAUGGCCACAUUCGCCCAUGAUCGCAAUCACGUCACACAUGUUGAUAGGCACUAUCAAGUUGAAUGUAGCGGAAAAUGGAUAUAGGGAACGCGAGCGUAGGUUAUUGGAAGAGGAAGAGUGUUGAUUGGCGAGGGUUUAUUAUGCCGGAUCGAGAAUGAUUUGGAACGAUGUCGCGGAUGUGGGUAGAGAAAGGCAAAGGAGAAAAGAAUGUAAAAUGUAAAAAGAAAAAAAAUGCAAAUGCAAAUGCAAGGGCAGGAAAAAUGAGCUUUUAUAGAUUAAAUAAAUGAAGCAUCAUCACGGAAAUCUACUAUUCACCAUUUCCUCAAUAUGGAAUAUCAACCACAUCUAGCCUCAUCAAAAUAAGUAUUGUAUAGUGUAAACUGCAGGUGAAUAUAUUUUUGUCUACUAUUUGCCAUUACGCAAUUAUGUUUCACAGAAAUUGUGCCAUAAUGGCGUGAUGUAGCGGAGAUUUAGUUGAUGGUUGAUGGUUGAUGCGAAUAUCAAGCACAUGAUCAAAGAAGCGCGGCCGGUGCCGAGGGAGCUCGAUCAACUGGCGGCAGCCCUUCAGGAUCUUCAACUAUCUCAACACCACUUAACCUUCCAGUAAACUCUCGCCUUCGAGGUCAUCCCAAGGAGACAGCACCUUCUCAGUCACUCCGUUCGAGCACUUGUUAGUUUAGAGGUAACGAGACUCCCGCAAACAUGGUUGCAACAGAAGAAGGUUGGCAUGUUGCUCCCGACGGAGCGAAGCUGUAUACCAAGACAUGGAAGGCCGAUGGACCACCGAAGGCGAUCAUUGCAUUCGUCCAUGGCUUCAGUGAUCAUUGCAACUCUUACUACGAUCUCUUUCCCACACUGGCUUCCUACGGGGUUGAAAUCAGGGCACUGGAUCAACGAGGCUGGGGACGCUCUGUCACCGGCAAGGCAAGCCGUGGCCUGACAGGGGGAACGGAGGUCGUCAUGUCCGAUUUCCACUCCUUCGUCACCGGCAUCUUCGACUCCGUAAAGUCGGCAUCAUCGUCAGAUAGCGAUGCCUCAGAGAUCCCCGCUGUGUUCAUAAUGGGACACAGUAAAGGUGGCGCUGAGGUUCUAUACUACGCGCUUAACUCAUCUCUGGAUCUACCUCCCAUUGCGGGAGUCUUGGCAUAUUCGCCCCUUAUUGCUCUCCAUCCCAGCACACGCCCGUGGAACCUCACGGUAUUCCUGGGUAGGAUUGCAUCAAAGGUCCUGCCAAACUUUCAGCUUGUACAACCUCUUAAUGAAUACUUGAUGUCGAGAGACAAGCGUAUUUGCGAGGAGUGGAGGCAGGAUCCACUCUGUCACGAUACAGGGACAUUGGAAGGGAUUGGUGGAAUGUUGGAUCGGGGAGCAUGGCUGGAGGGGGAGCAGGUUGGGAAGGAUUGCAAAUAUAAGGGACCCAUCUGGGUAUGUCAUGGCUCAGCGGAUGAGAUUAAUAGUUAUGAGGCUAGUCGGAGUUUCGUAGAGAGACUUGAGUCUGAUGAUAAGACUUUCAAGUCUUACGAGGGCGCCUACCACAAGCUCCACGGGGAGCCAGAAGGCGUCAAGGAAGCUCUGGCGAAAGACGUUGCUGAGUGGAUUCUCAAACGGUCUGAAGUUGCUGCGAACCAUAAUGCCCCUACGGCGAAAUUAUAAAUGGAAGGAGGGUUUCUUUUAGGAGAGGGGGAAGAACAUCUGCCGAGUUUUGUUUGUUUCUCAUGCAGGAUAUCUCCAUCGCAGAGCUGCAAUGUAUGAUUUCUAGGGCUAAUUUAAAUAUACAGUACAUACGAUCGUCUCUAGCUGAGAUCUACCCAGCUUUUCUUCUUCCUCCAUAUCCCUACAAAGCCGCCGCCCGUAAUCCUCUCUCCCACUUGGGGUCUACAAACUAGAACCUCUUCUCGAUCUGUCUUCUCUCCCUUUGUCAGGCUAGGAACUUCCUCUACCGUAGUAUUAGAAGAAUCUUCAGCUGUCUCAUCUAGGGUUUCCUCCGUAGUGGCUUCCCGACUAAGAGCGUCCUUAGGACUCCGCUUCGUCGUUAUCCGGAGCUCCCAAACCCUCCCACUACUAAUCCCAGUCCCGAGCUCAACGAUCUUUUCUUGCAAAAACGGUAGUCUCUCUUUCGAAAUAAGAUUUGCACAAUCCCCAAGCUGGGUUAUGCUAGGCAUAAAAACAGCCAGCACCGCAUCAUCUUUCAUGAUCGGGGCGACGUGUGGGAUCCGCAGGUGUGCAGAGGGCAUGUCUAGAAUGACACGUGACAGGAACGGAUCCGGAGAGUCUUGAUUUGUCGAACGACGAGCUACUUGUUCUUGGAUCCAUUUCUCAACACUGGACACGUAGAAGUCGACGUUUCCUACAUAUAUUCCCCGGCGGAAUCCGCGGACGAUGUUCUCCGCAUGUUGGGAGUAGUGCGGGGAUAUGUCUACGGUAUGGACUAUGGCGCUGCGCUGCGCACGCCAUGCAUCCCAAUUGCGUUGGAGCUCCUCGUUCUUGGCUUUAGUUUCGUGAUCUUCCUCCUUCUGCUCCUCCUCAUCGGCCACGGCCCUCUUUUUGGUUUUGGGCAGUUCGAGGAUUUGUCGUUGUGAAUAAGGCGGUCGCUUUGGUGGAUAUGUGUUUGCGGCGUUUAUAGCUCGGGCUAGGUGCAAUGUCAAAGAUCCGUGACCCGUUCCUGCUUCUAGUAUUUCCAGUGGCUCAUUUGGUUCUUCUCCCGGCACCGGUGAUGUGACGUGAAGGUCCAACAGGGAUACUAUUAGGUUGGCGUCGGCGGGGUAGAUCUGCGAGUCAUGUUGGUUAAAAUGGGUGAACUCAUCUAUCUUAUCGCGGAGACAUUCGAAAGAGUAUUAAUGGGCUUAAUAUGGACAUACAGGAGUCACAAGUCGUGGAGUUCGAAUGAUGUAGUCUUCGAACGUGGGAUGGGUUACCCUAUACAGCGCGCCUUUAUUUGAGCCCGAUCAGAAGUUGCUUCUUGACUAAGAAUAGCUAUUCAAUGAAACGAUAUAGGAUUCAAUCCAUAACUAACCUCUGUUUGACUUGAUAGGAUAUCUGGGUCCUUUCCCGAUAAUGUCGUCAUGCGCUAGAUACCCGCGAGCAAGCUUUGUCCGCUCCUCCUUCUUUAGCGGUUUCGUUAAUGUGGGAGUUUUUGUAUUUAUAAGAACUCUGUCGCCCUCUAAUCGAGAUCGCCAGUUAAUAGGAGUUAGUCGAGAAUAUAAUUGGAUCUGAGAAAGGGAAGUGGGAAGCAGGGUUAAGAUACCUUGGAAAACGGAGAAGUUCGCAUCUGCUGCCCUGCUGCUGCUAUAUGCUCGCACGCAGCCGCGACGGAGCGGCGCGAGGAGUCUUGACAUUUAAUUAAGCUACUUGAAACCUGGCAAAAAAUUUUCCGUUGAGUUCUAUGGAGAGUGGUAAUUCUAAAUAUAAAAGUAUGUACGGAGUACGGAG